AUGGACAGAGCUACAAGUAAUGCAGGACGGUCUAGAGUUAUCACCGUGCGACGUAAUUUUGUGCUCGAAGAUGGAUUGCGUGGGUUAUCAAAUCUGUCGCCUACUGCAUGGAAAGGUACCAUCCGAGUUUCGUUUGUGAACGAACUAGGCAUCGAGGAAGCUGGUAUAGAUCAAGGUGGACCUUUUAAAGAUUUCAUUUCUUUGCUGGUUGCCGAGGUAUUCAAACCAUCGUGUGAACUAUUUGCGGCUACACCCAAGACAAACUUAUUCUACCCAGCAGCUUCGUCUCAUAUAAUUGGAGCCAGUCAUGUUGCCUAUUUUGAACUCAUUGGCAAAAUUAUUGGAAAGGCGGUUUAUGAGGGCAUUCUAAUUGAUGCCCAAUUUGCCAGUUUUCUGCUUUCAAAACUACUAGGUCGCAAUGUAUUCCUAGAAGAAUUGCGUGAAUUGGAUGAAGACAUAUGGCGUAACCUGACUUUUGUAAAGCAUCAAGACAAUAUUGAAGAUCUUGGUCUUACUUUUGCAACAGAUGAACAAAUAAAUGGCAAAGUAGUUACCCAUGAAUUAAAGUUUCUUGGAUCACAAACAGCGGUUACUGACAGCAACAAGGUUGAAUAUGUGUAUCUGAUGGCAGAUUACAAGCUUAAUCAACAAGCCAAAGAACAGACAAAGGCAUUUAUUAAUGGAUUUCGUUCAGUUAUUUUUGAUGGUUGGAUCAAAGUCUUUUCUCCUCCAGAGUUGCAGAGAGUCAUCUCAGGAGAAGAUACAGACUUUGAUGUACAUGACCUUAGACGCCACACCGACUAUCAAAAUGGUUACUUUGAUCAACACCCUGUUAUCAAAUUAAUGUGGCAGAUUGUGGAUGGACUUACAUCACAAGAAAAACGUGCUUUUCUCAAGUUUGUUACCGGUUGUCCAAAGCCUCCAUUGGGUGGAUUUGAUUAUCUACAGCCUCCAUUUACUAUUAGAAUGGUGUCUCCUGAUAAAGACCAGCAGUCUAUGGAAGGACUUGGGAUUGUCAAAUCGUUUUUCAAAAUCAAUGGUCUUCAGAACAAGGGAGGCAGAUUACCCACAAGUUCGACAUGUUUCAACCUAUUAAAACUUCCAGGUAAGAAGAUAAAACAUUUAUACCAUAUUGAACCUUCCAAAUAA